CGUGGCUCUCCAACUGCAGCUCUUGGUUGUAUAUUGCUAACGUUAUAUCGGUCAGUACUGUAAAUGUGUUAGAAGAAAAAGGUGGUCAAUAAUUGUUAUUCACGUGCAUAGAAGAAAAAAUGUUAUGUGAGUUACUAAGUGUGACGUCGAGAUAAUGUGUGAAGAUUUCGUCGUAAUAACGGAGAGAUUCUGCAUACAGUGAUGUAGCAAGUGGUACAGCAUUUCUAUUAAACGAGGAACGUUAGGGUUUCAUACAGUCUAUCUGAACUGUGAUCUAGUUUUGAUUGGUUUAAUGUUUUACAAGUUCUCGUGUGUCACAUGGCUUUUGUGUUAGAAGAGCUAACAUUUCGAAUUACGUGGCAGACUGGUUUUUUUUAAAUCACAAUUAAACCUGAAAAUACCGAGUCAGCAGAUUUACCUUUCUCUGCAAUAAGCUGGAAUCUUUUUCCCCUGAAUUAACCUAACUUCGUAUAUAACCAUCAUAAUAAGAGUGGUAUUGCAAGAGGACUCACUAAAGUCUCAUCAACAGACACCAUUUUAUUGACUGUGGAAGUCUACAACGAUAUUCUUCGCUUUGGAAUUAUUUUUACGAUGGUAAAUAGUUCUCUGAAUCAAAGUUUUCAAUCGCAUUAGGGCGAAAUCUUCUAUUCGGUGGACAAUGCCCAAGAGCUCAGACGACGAUCAUGGUUGUGAUUGUGAUGAACAUAAUUACGAAUCAUUCAUUGUGCUUAAAAUUUGAACAGAUGAAAGUGAUGAAACUUGUUAUCAUAUACUGUGUUUUAGCUCGUGUAUAAAAUAUUAAUAACACCAGUUUAUCGGGAAAAUAUCGUUCUUAUUUCUCUGAAAUAACCGUAACAGCAAUUUAUCAAACUAGAAGCCAACACGAAGCUAUUUCUAUCCAAACAUGAUAAAGUCGGUACAGAAAAUUAUCUGUUUGUGUUUGAUUAUCGAACUGGUGCUUCUACAUUUCACCACGACAGGCUCAAGAGAAGAUACAGUACCGAACAGAGAAAUAAUUUGUACAGGUACGGAGUCUCAUAUGUCUGUGCCAUCCAAUCGACAAAAACAUUAUCAAAAUAUACGAGACAGGUACACAAACUGUACUUACAUUGAUGGCAACCUAGAACUGACCUGGUUAGAGGAUGAAAAUCUUGAUCUAAGUUUCCUGCACAACAUUAGAGAAGUAACAGGAUAUAUCCUAAUCUCAUAUGUAAAAGUCAGGCGAGUGGUUUUACCAAGGUUAAUGAUUAUCCGAGGACGAAACCAGUUCAAGGUUCAGAAACAACCAACAGGGUUUGCUUUGAUAGUCUCUUACAAUAACAUAAAAACUUUGGAAAUGCCAUCAUUGAGAGAAAUUCUUAGUGGCAGUGUAGGGUUUUUUAACAACCAUAACCUUUGCCACAUACGUUCUAUACAGUGGCAAGAACUUCUUUCUGGAUCCGACGCUGUUUUCACUUACGUUUACAACUUAACACUCGGAGAAUGGAAGUGUCCACCUUGUGAUCAGUCUUGUGUUUCGGGCUGUUGGGCAGAAGGGCCACACAAUUGUCAGAAAUUUUCAAAAAUCAACUGUUCACUCCAGUGUUACAAAGGUCGGUGCUUUGGCCUAAAUCCGAGAGAGUGUUGUCAUCUAUUUUGUGCUGGAGGUUGUGUAGGACCUAAACAAAGUGACUGCUUGGUAUGUUACAAGCUAAGUUAGAUCUACUGGUAGUAACUAAUAGAUCUUUGUAC